AUGUCAUCAGACGUGGCGGGGAUUGCCGUUUCCACCGGCAGCAGAUGUCUUCGCACACUGGGCGUGCAGCACUCAACUGAUUAUCAGGACGACCAGGUAUCUUCAGAGAUAGUGCGCGGGGUCAAGCGGAAUGGAGUGACCAUUCAACUUGAAUUUGAUGCGAUGAGCGUGCAGCAGACUGCAGACAAUCUUAGCAGCGGAGCUGUUGGUACCAAGCCUGCGCAUAUCAAGCUUGUCGACGGGGGACUGGGGUCAGCCAACAAAGCUUUCAAUAAACUCUAG